GAUCCAUUUGAUGGCUGGGCGCAUUCCCCUGGGCACAGAUCGGGCUGCAGUGGCAGGCGAGAUGGAAACCACCUUCAUUGAGAAUCUCAGAUAUGCUGCUGACCUCCUGGCCCAGGAAGACAUGAUUGGACUGGUGGAGCCUAUUAACAACCGCAUCACUGACCCUCGCUACUAUCUGAACACCCCACACCAAGCUGCUGUAAUCCUGGAGAAGGUGGGACGGCCCAACCUGAAACUGCAGCUGGACCUCUUUCACUGCCAGAUCAUGGAUGGCAACUUGUCACGCAACCUGGAGACAUACUUCCCACUCAUCGGUCAUAUCCAGAUUGCACAGGUGCCAGGACGGCAUGAGCCCGACAGCCCUGGGGAGUUGAACUUCCCCUACAUCUUCGAGCUCCUGGAGUCCCUUGGCUACACUGGCUAUGUGGGGUGCGAGUAUGCUCCGAAAGGAGACACUGUGGAAGGUCUGGGCUGGCUGCGCUCCUACUGGGAGAGCCGAGGGCUGCAGCACAGUGGAACCAGCAAGGCAGCCAAAUAA